AUUGUACUCUGGCGCCUGUUUCUAACCAGAUGAUAAUCUAUAAAUCGGUGCACAAUCCGUGACAGGCACCUAUAAAUGACGUCAGAUAUCGCUAAACGUCAGAGAACUGUUCCAUCAGCCAAAGCAUUUGAAUUUAUCUGGAAAAGACCGGUUCCUGAAGUUUUGCAGACUGGGGAGCAUUUUGAUCGAUAUGAUGAGGAAACAGGAAUUCUGGAACCAAACUGUUUCGUUCGAGUAGAUAAAGAUGGUUUUUUCAUAUACUGGCAAAGUGAAAACAAUGAUAGUCAGCAGCUUGAACUCUCUCAAAUAAGUGAUGUUCGUUCUGGGACAAAACCUAAGAGAAUAAGCAAAGAGAAAAUUGUGAGUGAAGUAAAUGAUUUAUAUGUGAUAAUAAUUACACUGACCAGGUUAUUCUAGGAUUUUAAAUGUUUAUUCACAGCUUUAUUCGUAGUAGACUCAAAGUGAUUUCUCACUAAAUUUAUCAAUUAAGAUUCUACAUAACACAGAAUUACUUUGUUCUAAGACGUCCAAAAAUCAAAACAGGACGUUAUAUGUGAAACAGAAUUUUUUAAAAUUAAUUCUCAUAACCAUCGAUAAAAUAAUUUUAACAUAAAAUUCAUGCAUAUAAAGACUGUAUUAUUUUUAAUUUUUUGAUAAUUUUCUGUAGACAUUAGCCUGUAAUCUGUUAGUGUUUCAAGUAUUCAAAGAAAGAAUCAGAGUCUGAAUCAAAUAACAGAAGAUAAAUUUGUGUAAACAGUUUUAAACUUAAGUGGUGUCAUGAUGCAUUAAAGAGUAACCAGACAAGGAAACAAUUUAAAUGACUUAAACGUAUACUAGUGUGAUUUGUCAUAUUUUACAAUUAGUGUGAUGAAAAAAAUCAAAACAAAGGGACAAUUACAAAGGAUUGACGUGAUCAGAACUAGAGAAUUAGAAGACAGAAAAAUCAAGUAUUGGUUACUGAUAAAUUUCGAUUAAAUCCUGCUCCGAGCUUACUAACAAUUUUGCUCAUCAACAAUUAGUUUACAUGACAUAGAUUACUGAUCUAGCGUGCUCUUCCAUCACUGCAUCAAUUUCAAUAGGUAGGGCAUUGAUGAUAAGCGAAUAAUUUAGAAAAAAAACUACAUCAUACUACAGAGGUAUGUCUCCUGUUCAGUACUUAGUUUGUAUUGUAAUAUUUGACAAAGACUGAUUUGAAGUUGCGAAAAAUAAGUAAUAUGAAGGGAGUAAUAUUGCAGAGGUAUAACAUCCUAAUCACUCCAGGAUUUAACCCAUCAGUUUGUCUAAAUUUCAUUUGGCUUAAUUAAGAAAACUGUAGUGUUUUACAUACGUAAUACGGGCUGUUAGCAGUUUUAGAAGUCGAUGUAAUUCCACUGUUUGAUCAUUAUUAGUCCUUAUUUAACAUAUUUCUAGGUCUGUUAACAUGUGAAUCUGAAAUACAUUAUUUAUACUUAUUUACGCCUGUUACCUUUCGUAGAGAAGUGUAGGCUUCCCACCAGGAUUCUCCAGCGAACUCUUCUGGGCAAUCCUAUUCAUUCUUUUAAUGUCUGAUUCCAAUUCCUGACAUAGUGUGUUCCUUAGCUUUCCUCGUUUCCGUUUCCCUACAGGAUUCCAAGUUAGGGCUUGCCUCAUGAUGCAGUCUGAUGAUUUCCGCAAUGUAUGUCCUAUCCACCUCCAUCAUCUUUUCUUAAUUUCCCUUGAGCUGGAAAUUGGUUUUUUCUCUCCCACAGUAGGAUGCUGCUGAUGAUGUCCGGCCAACGGACACUAAGUAUCGUGCAUAGACAAUUGUUCAUAAAUACUUGUACAUGUUUGAUGAUAGUUGUAGUAGUUCUCCAAGUUUCAUCACUGUACAGUAGGACUUUCUUGACGUUCGUAUUGAAAAUUCUGACUUUAUUGGUUGACAGUUAUUUUGAGUUCCAUAUGUUCUUCAACUGUGGGGAUUCUGUCCUUAAUUUGCCAAUCCUCGACUUUACGUCUUCAUCGGAUCCUCCUCUUUCAUCGAUGAUGCUGCCUAGGUACAUGAAAAUUUCCACAUCUUUCAGAGCUUCUUCACCAAGUGUGAUUGUGUUGGUGUUCUCCGUUUUUGUCCUCUGAGCUGGAUGGUUUGGUCGUGUUCUCGGUGUUUUAUUUGGCGAUCUUGCUUUUUCCCUUGUGUAUGUUGAAGUCUACUGAUGCAGAGGCUGCUGCUGAUACAGUGUUUGUCUUGACCUGCAUUUGUUGAUGUCUAUGAAAUAGAAGGGUUAUGUUAUCUGCGAAGUCUUAGUUGUACAGUUGCAUCUCACCUUCCCAUUUUAUUUCGUUCUUCCCUUCAGAUGUAGAGGUCUUCAUAAUUCAGUCAACCACCAGAAGAAAGAGAAAGGAGAGUAGGCAGCCUUGUCUGACACCAGUCCUCACCUGAAAUGUGUCUGUCAGCUGUCCUCCAAGCACCACUUUGCACUGUAGUCCGUCGUGUGAGUUCCGGAUGAUUUUGACGAUUCCCACAGGUACACCAUAGGGUCAAGGAAGUUCCCAUAAUGUUCUCCUAUCCACACUGUUAAACCCCUUCUCAUAGUCAAGGAAGUUGAUGUAUAAUGACGAGUUCAACUCACCUGAUUGCUCAAUGAAUAUCCGUAGUGUCUUGAUUUGAACUAUGCACGACCGAUCCUUACGGAAUUCGGUCUGUUGAUCUCGAGGCUUAACGUCUACUGAAUCUUUCAUCUGGUUUAGCAGCACUCUGUUGACAACUUUUCCUGGUACUGACAGUAGUGUGAUUCCUCUGUUGUUCUCAAAUUUGCUCAGAUUUCCUUUCUUUGGUAUUUUGAUGAGGUAUCCUUCUUCCCAGUCCGUUUGCACUUGUUCUUCCUCCCAAAUCUUCCUGAAUAGAAUGUGGAGCUUAUUUGCAGUUAUUUCUAUUCCUGACUUCAGUGCUUCGUCUGGUAUAUUGUCAGGUUCUGCUGCUUUCACACUCUUGGUUUGUAUGCUGACCAUCCUGAUUUCUUCGAUUGUUGGUGGAGUGACAUCUAUAAGAAUGUCUAUGUGUGCUGCUUCGAUGUUCAGUGGAUUCAAUGGAGCUGGAACAUUCAAGAGUUCCUCACAUUACUUUACCUAUCCUUUCUCCUGUCCUUGAAUCUCAGUGAUUGAGAGGCCUUGUUUGUCCUUGACCGGUCUCUCUGGUUCACUAUAUUUCCCUGCCAGUUUCUUUGUCGUUUCAUAUAGCUGUCUAAUAUUUCUUUCUCUUGCAGCUUUUUCUGCUGUCGUUUCUAGCUCUUCUAUGUAUAUCUGCUUGUCAGCUCUAACGCUCCUCUUCACUUGCUUGUUCGCUUCUGUGUAUACAGCUUGUGCCUUGACUUGCUCUGUUCUUGUUUGACUGUUGCUAAUUUCUAUCUUCUUGUUGUUUCUUUCUUGAAUCUUGUGCAGUGUUUCCAAGGAGAUCCAUUCCUUAUGAUGAUGUUUCUUGCAGCUCGGAACCUCCUGACACGUUGAAGUUGGUGCUUCGUUGAUCCAUUUCCAAUUUUCCUCCAUUGAAGUUUCUUCUUCUGUGAGUAGAUCUUGUAAGGCUUGAGACCUGUUGUUGAGAGUUAUCUUGAAUUGGUUGAGUUUGUCAUUAUGUCGUGACCGGAGUACAGCAGCAUCUCUCGCGAAUCUGUCUUUUUCCGUUGAGCUUGAGUCCAAUGGGUUUCGCUGAUUUUGAGUGCAGUUAGGUUGUAUCUCCUCAUUGCUGUGGCUAUUUGAUUGGUCCUUUUGGUUACCCACGUUGUUCGGACAUUAAUUGUUACUGUGGUUGCUUGAAGGUUAGUCGGCCUUGUGACUUCUGAAUAAUCUCGGCUUUCAUCAUGAGGCAUCAUAAUUCUUCUGAACGAAGACUCUUCAUCUCAGAGAGCAGAGUUUGAAUGGUUUAAUUUGUUUAAUCUGAUGGGUGUUUGUUUAGAAAGAUUGUUUUUUACGUGAUGGGGCUUUUGACUCCAUGCUCGACUCUCUUGCUCUAUCCGGCCUUUGGUCUGGCGGUAACCUUAGAAGAGCUCCAGAUGGAGUUACAGUGUUUAUAAGUGACCUAAUAAGUAGUUUUGUGACAUACCUUAAAGAUAUCCUAUUAUUUGCAGUUUCAUUAAACGAUUUAAAACGCUUAUCUAAUACAUUAUGCAUAACAUGAGAACUUCAGUCGAACCUUACCCAUGAAAAAAGAUGAUCUAUUUUGUCGUACAUAAUGUUCAAGAAAAAUUCCAUCUAUCGGUGCCCAUUAUAUCUACGUUCUUUGUAAUUAGUUUGAUUUUUCUGUUGUGAAAAAUGCAAAUAUGGUGACGUUUUUGUGAAGGUAAAUGAAAUAUAGAUGUCCAUUGGCUACUCUUAAUAAUUACCUGCUGGUUUCUAAGCACUGAGUACUGUUCAAUGUAUACUAGUAACGUCUUUUUAGUUUGUUAACAUUUAGAUUCAGGUGAUAUGUAUUUUAAUACUAUGUAUGAGAUUAGGUUCUCACUGAGAAUUGGAUGGGCCUUCUGUGAUUAGUGGAUUACAUGACUGAAUUAAUAUAAUUGUCUCUCCUUGAAAUCGAGAAACUUAAUUCUAAUAUGAAAACUUUUAGAUACCAAACUGAGAUUAACGUAUUACUGUUCACUGAAUAAUCUAUGUUUAAGACCGUACUUGGGAAUCAAACCCAGGACUUUUUAGUCUCAUAACGAGCACCUAAUUUUUGGACCUUUGAGUCAGAAUCUAAUGUUUUACACAUCAUCUAUGUGCUCUGCUGAGAUGUUCAAUAUGAGAAUAAAACAACUAUUCAGCGCUUCUUUGUCUUCAAUGUUUAUUGAAGUAAGGUUAGUCAAUAAUCUUAACGAUUAGAUCACCUAAUAAGCAAAUUAAAAUCGUCACAAAAUGCUUUGCUUUUGAAUCGUAAUGAAAUAAAUAAUUCUAAAUAAAUUCAUUUUUCAUAAAAAAUAAGAAUAUAGCUGUGAAAAGAUGUACAAAUUAGGAUUCAUGAUACUAUUUUAGGGAUGACCGAAUUAGAAUCUGUAACCUAGUCAAAUUCAUGUGCAAUAGUCAAUUCGUGAAUCAUAACUCAUAUGUCGGUGUUCAUUUGUCUCCACUUCUCUCUCUACCGCCUCACUUUAUUAAUCUCUCUUCUGAUGACAACUAUCAUAAUUAUAACAGUGAAGUUUCUAUGGUUCACAAACUAAAUCGGUAACCCUCUAUCUUUUCUAUUUUUGAUUUAUUUUCGAUAAUCGGCCUUACUGUUUUUAUCAGGACAGUAAACAUUUAUAAAAACAUUUAGAGGUCGAUUGAUAUAAUCAGUAUUGUUGGUAUACAAAAUACCAUAUAAGUUCCUUAAUAGUAUUGUUAAUUUUUAUAGUUAGUUUGUUUUAAUGGACUAUAUCUAAAUGAUCUUUUCAAUAAACAUUUCUAUUAGUUUGGUAUUUUGAAAUUUAAAUAUACUUUUUCGUACGUCAAUUACAGUAAUUUUUCUCUGUAACUGUUAGGGUGUUAUUACUUGUUAGUAGUUAACGGUUCUGCAUUCCAUAGUGCACUGGCGGCCUGCUUGAAUUUCCGGGUUACCUGUUCCUGCCAUCUAGAUAUUUCAACAAAUUAUCUGUUUUUGUUUGUUUUAACACAUCAUCAUGCAUAUUAAUAACGCAACCUAUUCAGGCUUUUUUAUGAAAAUUAACGACCUUUCGCUGUACAAGUUACAAUAAAGUGCAUUCAACGGCAUCGUCUUGAUUGGUAUUAUGCAUUGAAAAGAAUGAACAUUAUCAAGAUGUCAGUUCCUGAACUGCUAACAUCAAACUAGCAAUGACUAAUUGCCAAGAUGAACUGUCUUCAGUUCCUACUAACUCUAAACAUGUAUGGGUGUGGUAUAAUCACAAUUCAAGAAUCCUGGUUAAAUGAUUGACAAGACGACUGCUCACUAUCAGUACAAGAUUUCAAUAUUUAUCAUCAGGAUCGAUCAAGAAAUAAGAAAGGGGAAUUUGUUGAAACACUUUGUGCUGAGAAUUCUAUAUUGUACGAAAAAUAUAAUAUUGCAUAAAACCAUUCAGUCAUUCAGUUAGUAACAACGUAGAACUUCGUACGUACAUACAUCAGUUCGAGUUGCCACACCACAUUAGCACACAGAUGCAGUGGUCGAUUCAAAUCCCGUAUUGGUAGAGGUGGUAAGAGUGUAAGCAGUAAUCGGAAAGAUUAGGGUUUGAAGAUGUUAUUCAAGGAGUAUAAUCCAGUGAAAUAAAUUUAGGAAGAGGAAAAAAGGGACAUGAAGGAUUCAGAAGAUUAGAAUUUGGGAGAACACAAAGAGUGGAUGCACUUGCGCCAUUGCAAACGAUUUUGAGCCAUGUCAUUCAAGGUCUCUAACCAUCGGUUGCUAUCAUCUCGCGGUCCACAACCAGGUAGUCUACAACUACCAACAUGGCUCAGCCCACUUGUCAGUGACUUCAUGGACUUGUGCCAUGUUUUGGUCUGGUCUCCCCUAGUUUUCUUCCAACUUACUCUUAUACCAUUGAACAUCGCUCCUCGGGGCAGUCGGUCGUUGGGCAUACGUAACACGUGUCUCAGCCAUCUCAACUGAUGAAGUUUCACUACUUCAUCAAUUGACUUGCCAUCCUUACCUAGUACCCGUUUCCUAACAACUGUGUUACUUACUCGAUGGUCCCAGUAUAUACGAGCAAUGUUUCGAAGACACCUAUGAUCAAAUACUAGUAACCUACGAAUAUCCUCUACUCUUACCGGCCAUGUUUCACUGCCAUAAAGUAGGACGGAACGAACCGCUGCGCAGUAAACCCGUCCUUUGGUUGAUAGACGGAUAUCUCGCCUACUCCAUAAAUGACGCAAGUUGGUAAAAGCUAGUCGAGCCUUCUGUAUCCG